AUGAAGGCUGUCGUCAUCGAGAAAUUCGGAGGCCCAGACUCUUUGGUCAUUAAAGAAAUUCCGAAACCAGAGCCCAAGCUCGGUGAAGUGGUGCUUAGAGUCAAGGCUUUUGGUGUCAACCAUGCCGAGAUGCACAUGCGCAAGGGAGAAUGGGCGGAAUGGAUGCCUGUGAGUGGCAUUGAAUGUGUCGGGGUUGUCGCGGCCUGUCCCGGGGGAGAAUUUGAGGAAGGUGCCCCGGUGGCCAGUCUGAUGGGGGGACUUGGCCGCACCAUCAAUGGCAGUUAUGCCGAGUAUACAAGAGUACGAGCAUCCAAUGUGGUCGCCUUGGGGCCUGCAGCGUCGGAGCUUGGAUGGCAUCAGCUAGCAGCAAUUCCUGAAUCAUAUGCCACCGCGUGGACAUGCUUGUUUCGAAAUCUCAACUUGCAGAGUGGACAAAAGAUAUUGAUCCGGGGUGCGACUUCGGCCUUUGGCCAGGCUGCGCUGAAUCUAGCGGUGGAGAAGGGUGCCCACGUCAUCGCAACCAGCCGGAAGCGAGAGCGAUUUGCACAUCUGAAGUCCUUGGGUGCCGACCGUGCAGAGAUCGAGGGUCCUAAUCUCUCGGACCGCCUCCCAGAGAAGUUCGAUGCCGUCCUCGACUUGAUCGGAAAUAGCACCGUUGUGGAUUCGCUCAAGAUGGUUCGCCGGGACGGCAGAGUGUGUCUAGCUGGUUUUCUCGGAGGACUGGCGCCCAUUCAAGAUUUCAACCCGCUCCUCCAGAUGGCCAGUGGAGUACACUUCAGCUUCUUUGGAAGCUUCGUCUUUGGGACUCCUGAAUUUCCGUUGUCUGACGUUCCCUUGCAGUCAAUUGUGAACAUGGUGGCCGACAGGAAAUUUCAGGCAGAGCCAUCGCAGGUUUUCAAGUUUCACGAAAUCAGGGAAGCACAUCGAAUUAUGGAAGCCAACGAAGCCAACGGGAAGCUUGUCGUGGUAGUCGAGUAG